AUGGGAGCUUCUAAUGGAACACUCGUAACGUUGAAACCUCAGCGCUUCGUCCCACCAUCCUAUUGGCUGCCUUACUUUUCGGGACAACGGGAGUACUCUUACUCGUCACGCACCGAUAUCAAGAUGGACGAGGCCAUGUACACCGCCAUGCAAUCACAGGUCGAUCCGGCUGAGGCGAAUCUUAGCCUAACGAGUGCUAGGAGGUUGAUGAACACCACUCUUAGCAGAUUUACGACGUCGGAUGGUGUAUUUCUCACCUUCGGGUCACUCGUUUUUUUUGGGCAUCUUAUUCAAUUGGCUGCUGGCAGCAUGUCUCAUUUGCUUUUCGACGACCGACACCCCGCGGUUCAGUAUUCGUCGCAAUGGGUGCAGGGUGGCAUUCCUCCAGAAUUCAGAUCGACGACUAGAGGGACCAACGUGGAUGGACAGACUGCUGUCUUCACUUUUACAGGUACCCGAGUAUCUGUCCAUGGAACCAUCCCUCGUCGAAACACAAGCGCUACAGGAGGCCCGCUCUCGAGCUAUGUCAUCGAUGGAGGCCCCCCAAUUCUGUUUGAAGCGGACACGAUGGACAGAGUCCAGUACAACCAGCGCUUUUUUAAUUCCCCGGUCCUUCCAAACACGACUCACGAACUUACGAUCACCAAAGUCGGAACGGACGGAGAGCUUUGGCUAGACUAUUUCCUCGUCGAGCUUGCGGACGAUUUGCAACCGCAAGUUGUCACGGUCGGGAACCGACAGACAACCACUGUAACACAGACAAUAACUGGUUCAGCAGCAAACCCAACAGGCGCUCAAGCUGGGCAGGGAGGACAGAUACAGGGAGAAAAUGCUGGUACAGGAACCAACACCGCUGCCAUCGUUGGCGGCGUCCUUGGUGGACUGGCUGGACUAGCUCUCGUUGCGAUAGGGUUAUUCCUGUUUCUGAGGCGGACACGGAAGCGCCAGCGACCACCCUCGGCCAUGCUUUUUAACGGUGCUUACCUGCCCAGUCGACCUGUCUCUAUACGAAGUAUCCCUAUUACGCCUUAUAAUGCCUACCCGACGAGAGACUCGAGACAGCCGUACCCGUUCUAA